UGUUUGUGAGAUCGUUGUUACAUGUUUGAUGUGGUUUCCCUGUUCGUCUAGCUUUAGUGUUGUAUGCGUUGGAGGUCUGUGUUUUCCCCAGAACCUCAUCCACUCUCCGCACGUUCACUCAGCUAUGGACACUUACCUUCGGCUCCAUUCCCCGCAGUUCCUAUGCCAUCCUCUCCUGCUGCCUACACGCCGUCAUCAUUCGGAUUACUCACCUUCUCUCCACCACCAUCAGGAUUCCUCACCUCCUCACCACCACCACGGAGUGUCGUCGUCCAAGCAUCAUUGUUUGUUUGUGUAUUUAUAUUCAUCUCAUCUCAUUAAAUUGUUAAUCUCGCAUCUGCUUCCAGACUAUCCUUAUACCCACCGUCACAAUGUCAACAUUGUAGAACAUCAAUGCUGAAACUAAUCAACAACAGAAAGGGAGACAUGAACAUCUUGGAUGAAUUGGGGAUGGAGGAUCAGGACAGGGUCAGUCAGGCCUCCAGCAGCGCCACAGUGUCCUUUCUGCCGAUAAGAGACAAGUGUCAUGAAAAAGUGCAGGCGUUUGGAAAGAGAUGUCAAGCAGCGAAGAGAGACCCCAACUGUCCUGUGGUGAUCAGAGGAUGGCUGUACAAGAGGGACAGCACUGGACUGAAAUUGUGGAAAAGAAGAUGGUUUGUUCUCUCCAAUUACUGUCUCUAUUAUUACAAAGACAGCCGUGAGGACUCUGUUUUGGGCAGUAUUCCUCUUCCCAGCUACAGGAUCCUCUACUGCUCCCCUAGAGAGUGCAGGAACCGGAAAUAUGCAUUCAAGGUGGUUCAUGAGGGGAUGCGGCCGUACAUCAUGAGCGCUGAAACCCAGGAGGACAUGUUGGGUUGGGUCAGGGCUCUCAGCCAAUCGGCAAGCAUGGAGGCUGAUGACAUCAUCAACAGACGCUGUGCAAGUUUUCAGGACUUCACUCAGAUGGGCGAUAACGCUGAAACCAUGGAGCUCCAGCACACGGCCAUGUUUCCUCAACGAAACGCCCAGACCACAACAAAACUGAGCAGGGUACAGACAGAACCGAAUCUAAUGGAUCAAGACAUGAUGGGAAUUAAAAUGAAGACACCAGAGCUGAGAGGAAGACAUGAGAGCAGACAAAUUGCACCUGAAGCUACUGAGCGGUUUCUGAACGCAGAUGAGGAACCUUUUUGCUUCCUUCAUCCGAAAGCAGUCUUUAAACAGCCUCCAUUUCCCAGAGAGCAUCAUGGGUCACCGUGCCAUAGUAAUAUGGGCAGAGCGGAUGGUUGGCACAUGGAUAACUGCUCGAGUGCUCCAAUGUCACCCUGCAUCUACACAGAAAGGGGACAUCUGCUCGACAAGUCCGAGUUUCCAUGUUCUGUGUGCUACUGUUCCAACUACCAAACAGCAGAACACAUGCCAAUGUGCAAGGCAGGUAAAUCAGACAUCAUCAUGGAGAGAGAAAUACAACCAAUCAGAGAUCUGGAAAAUGAUACAGAUGUGGUCCUCACUCGUCUGUGUGGUUGUGAUAAACUGCUGCUGUCUGUCUCUAUGCAGCUGGCUCAGUUACAGGCAGAUAAGAAAAGCAUUGAGUAUGCUUUAGAAAUCAAAUGGCUGGGGAUGGAAGACAGACUUCCUGGAGAGCAGGAAGUAUCCCAGAAGGCUUUGCUUCAGGAGGAGCUGGUUACACUCAGAGCCAGAAUAUGUGAUUUGUCAUCGGAGAUGGACAAAUUGUGGAGUGAUUAUGAAAGGAUGGAGAGCGAACUGUCUGUUUUCCAUUCUCACCUCCAACACAUCCUUCACUUUGGAUCACCACAGGAGCAGAUUCAGGCACAGAGGCAGCUCUGGAUGAUGGAGGAUAUCUUGUGCGGUUUGAGGGUGAACAAGAACCGCUUUAUGGCCUUACUGGGUCUACAGAGGCAGUGUGUUCCUCAGCCAAAACCUGUUCCCUACUGUGAGGGCGAGUUAGGAGGCCUCAACAUGGAGUUUGUGACUGAAGCAGAGCAGCAGGACUACAUGAAGAUCCACCAGAGUUAUAAGAAAUGGACCCGUGAGAGUCCUGCCGACAGCAGAACGAGCACCGAACCUGAAGCCUCACAUGAACCGCUGCGUCUGACACGUGUUGUGACAUCAACACUUCCGACAUCACUAAUCGCAGAGCGCAUUUUUGUGGACGACCCCUAUUCUGAGCCGUCCCAACAAAUCACACUGCAGUCAGGACUGAGGAGCAGCCAGAGGAGCACGACGAAGAAACCCAGCACAACUCUGCAUGAGACAGCCGACAAAAACAGACACUUACACUGGGCCGACGGACCGGAAGAGAUGCAACAAAAGAAACCAGCACAAAAUCACAACUGCAGAGCCAGAGAGAAGGCACUGGCUGACAGAAAGACCUGGACAAACCAUCAGCAAGAGCUCGAGCCUGGAGCCUUGUGCCUUACAAACUCUGAGUCUGACUGCGAUGCUGCUGUGAGCUCUCAGAAACACCAAACUAAACCCAGACACACGGAUAAAAGAGACAGAAGCACGAGUUCCGCCAGAGGGCACUUCAUAGACGAUAUUCAUCCCUUGAAACUCAUUACAGCCAGUGACAAAGAGACAGAUGUCCAGAAGUACACAGCAGAUUCUGCUGUUGUAAACUUGAGUAAUGGUCACAGCGGUGAUGGAUGCAGAUAUAAAAGCCACAGGAAUGAGUCGGCCAACCCAAUAAUGUCACAAUGUGUUGAUGCAAAAGUGCACAAUGAAUGCAAGGACAAAAAAUCACAACAGUCAUCUCGCAAUGACAUCAUCGUCAUAGAAAGCCACUCCAUCAAUCAUAUUUCAACUCUUACGGUGUUUAAAGGACAUCAGGGAAACAAUCAAAUGCACAAAUCUCAUAAAAAGAACAGACAAAAAUAUUCAGUCUCCACUAACGUUAAAUCUGAGUGUUUUCCGUCAAAUAACCGACAGUGUGAGUUAGUUCCUGUAUGUGUUCAUGAUGCAAAACCUCAAGAAUCUCUCCUUCCAGUGGAGAAUCAACAACCAGAACAGGGACCCAAUCAAAUGCCUGAUAAACCGGUGGGAGGAGACUGUGGGCGGAGCCAAAGUCCCAAAACAAUGGCACGUCUUUGCCAAGCUUAUGGCAUACAAGAAAUCCCCAAUCAAUCGUCAGACACUCAACCAAUCACAACCUCUGACAAUCAAUUGACGGCCAAGUCUGACCAAUCCAAACCAGAGCCUUGCGUUUAUGAGGAAAUCCAGUUUAGCCCACCAAGAUCAGAAGAGAACCAGAAGAAUCAAACCAGUGGAGAUGAAACACAGCCAUCAAACCUCACUGUAAACAAGUCUGGACCGACUCACACUGAGGUCAAGAGGGAGUACAGAACAAAAAAUACAGAGAAAAGUCAACCAGGAAGUGAUGUUUCGUGCAAUAGAGGGAAAAAGUUGAAAGUUUACAGCUCCUUAAAGAAAAGCUCAGUAAUAAAUCAUAAUGUCCAGGACUGCCGUCCACGGAUAACCAUGCUCAGCACCAGCCUGUAGACUAGAGAGCGGCUGCAGAAAGUGUGAGUGAAUGAGGCAAUAAGACACAAAGACAGAAGACGGUGAAUAUCUGAAUUGGAUAGAUAGUAAAUGGUAAGUUAAAGUAUUAAUCUACGCAAUUAAAUUUCAUAAAAGCUUCAAUCCUUAAUGGAAUACAAUCAUAUCAUGCUCAUGUCUGUGUGUGGAGAUCCUGUUUAAUUAGGGAUGAAGAAAACUAUAUUUUCAUGUCGAACUGCAGUUUUAGUUAAGAAUGGGUGACAUUGGUGCUGUGGUUAUUUUGUGUCAUUUAACAACUGUCAGGAGAAGAAAUCAUCAUUUUUUUACAUGCAUAUUAAAUUUAUUUGACUACUAAUAUUAUAUCUGCAUACAAACUCUUAAGGUUAUUAAUUGACUUAAGGAAUAUUCCUUACAUUUCUACAUGUGCAUUAGCUUUGUUAUGUGUUUGACCAAUGAUAAACACAUCUGUGGCUUAUUAAUGGCUUUCUGUGAUUUUGCCAAGUCAGACAAUGCUCCUGGAUCAACAUCCUAGUUAGACUUCCUAUAAACAGACAGAUUUUAAGGUUAUCAGUUAGAUAACAUUUUGGUCCAGAAACAAAUAAAAGUUGAUGAUCCAGGAAAAUGUUCAGCAUGGCAAAAGUCAUAAUAAUAUAUUAGAAGUGAUUUAUUAAAAUAACUUUGUACUUUCAUUGCAGUGUUAUGUGAUGCUGUCUUUGUUGUUUUCCAAUUAAACCAUCUCAUGUUUUGAUCCUA